AUGUGCAACAAUAUAAUAGUAGCCGGACUGUUUUUGGCACUGUUCUGCCUCCACACAACAAGUGCCGACAUUUCGCUUCCCGACCAGGCGAUUCUGUUGCCGAGACGGAGCGCCGAAAUGUAUUGGGCAAACCGCGCGUUGCCCAACAAAUUCCGCAAAUACCGAGCCUACAGCGCCGUACAAUCAAUGACCCCUGAAGACAAACGACGAUACAGUCAACAAAUCCAACUACGUCUCGCCGAGCUGACGAGCCAUUGA